UCAUACGAGCCGCACUGACCGAGCUAUAUAGUCUAUAAAGUGAAGGAGAAAAGCUUUGGAUGUUGCAACCGUACGGCAAAAAGCCCGGCUGAGCGCGGCUUCAAGGGACAGAGGAAUACUGUUUUCGAGCUUUCAUUCCUUCUUCUUAACGUGGACAACCAUGUUUCUGCUGUUUUAUAGGGGUCUAUGCUUUUUAUUAUUAUGCUCUGAUUUUAUGAAUGCACUAGCAUCAAAUAAAAGACCGCGAGAUUCAGAGAAAGCGAAAUUUCCGGAGUUUGGCGCUUAUGAGACUGUAACACCGGCCAGAGUUAACGAAGCCGGUGACAAACUGCCAACGGCCGUGCACUUCAAAAGGAGAAAGCGGAGUACCGACCCAGUAACCGGCAACAUCUCUCAUCAUUGGGCCUCGCCCCACGUCUAUUAUCAAAUAUCUGCAUUUGGGCAGGACUAUUACCUGAACCUUACUCUCGAGUCGGGAUUUAUUGCGCCUGUUUACACUGUCACGAUACUCGGAGCAUCCAGCGAAGGUCGUAAUUCAGACGUGGGGGAGGAGGAGGAGAACACGGAGUAUCAGCACUGCUUUUACAAAGGACACGUGAACGCUGGACAGGAGCAUACUGCAGUAAUCAGCCUCUGCUCCGGUUUGCUUGGCACCUUCAGGUCACCGGAAGGGGAGUAUUUUGUAGAGCCACUUCAUAGCUACAAUGGUGAACACUAUGAAGAAGAACACACCAAACCUCAUAUUGUGUACAGAAAAGAUGCCUCAAAAAAGAUUGUUGAAGGUUCGACUGCAUGUGAAAUUUCAGGACAUAUAGAGCCACACAGCAAACACAGGAACAAGCUGAAGAGACAGUUGCCCUCAAGCAUGAUGUCUGACCUGGAGACUCUUAAUUCCAGACUCUUCUCUGCCCCCUUCCCCUCCACAGAAAACAAGAACAGCUCUGCUAAUGAAAGCAGUUACUCCAAGCCACACCGGAGAUCAAAGCGUUUCCUCUCCUACCCCCGUUUUGUUGAAGUCCUGGUUGUGGCAGACAGCAAAAUGGUGGAACAUCAUGGCAGUAACCUCCAACAUUAUAUUCUUACCCUGAUGUCAGUCGUUUCCUCCAUCUAUAAGGAUCCCAGCAUCGGAAAUCUGAUUAACAUUGUUAUUGUGAAAUUGGUCAUUAUAAAGAAUGAGCUGGACGGUCCCACUAUCUCUUUCAAUGCACAGUCCACUUUGAAAAACUUCUGCAUAUGGCAGCAGAGUCAGAACAAUGCUGAUGACAACCACCAUUCACAUCACGACACCGCCAUCCUAAUCACAAGGCAGGACAUCUGUCGAGCGCGGGACAAGUGCGACACUUUAGGUCUUGCUGAGUUGGGUACGGUUUGUGAUCCAUACAGAAGUUGCAGCAUAAAUGAGGAUAAUGGACUAAGUACAGCUUUCACUAUCGCUCAUGAGCUUGGCCAUGUGUUCAACAUGCCUCACGAUGACAGUAACAAAUGUAAGGAGGAUGGAGUUAAGAACCAGGAACAUGUGAUGGCUCCGACACUCAACUACUACACGAAUCCUUGGAUGUGGUCCAAAUGUAGUCGGAAAUACAUCACAGAGUUCCUUGACACAGGGUAUGGUGAGUGCCUGCUCGAUGAGCCGGUUUCAAGGCCAUACAGUUUGUCCCAGCAGUUGCCUGGACAGAUAUACAGCGUCAAUAAACAAUGUGAAUUGAUAUUUGGGUCUGAGACACAGGUGUGCCCAUAUAUGACGCAGUGUCGGAGAUUGUGGUGUACCAGUCCAGGAGCCCAGCAAGGCUGCCGAACACAACACAUGCCCUGGGCUGAUGGGACAGAGUGCUCUCCGGGAAAGCACUGUAAACAUGGCCUGUGCAUCCCCAAAGAGCAGGAAUCAGUUCCAUUAGAGGGGGCCUGGGGAGUGUGGAGUCCCUUUGGCACAUGCUCAAGGACCUGUGGAGGGGGGAUCAAGAUUGCUGUGCGCGAUUGCAACCGACCUGUGCCCAGAAAUGGUGGAAAGUACUGUGUUGGACGCAGGAUGAAAUUCCGUUCCUGUAACUCUGAGCCAUGCUCCAAGCAAAAGAAAGACUUCAGGGAGGAACAGUGUGCCAGCUUUGAUGGACGACACUUCAACAUCAAUGGUCUACCUCCAAAUGUUCGCUGGGUGCCAAAGUAUAGCGGAAUUCUCAUGAAGGAUCGCUGUAAGCUCUUCUGUCGUGUGGCAGGCAGCACAGCCUACUACCAACUCAGGGACAGAGUUAUUGAUGGAACGCAAUGUGGGCCCGACACCAACGACAUCUGUGUGCAGGGCCUGUGUAGGCAAGCAGGAUGUGACCACGUGUUGAACUCCAAGGCUAGGAGAGAUAAGUGUGGGGUGUGUGGUGGGGAUAACUCAUCGUGCAAGACUGUGGCAGGAACGUUUAACAUAGUGCAUUAUGGUUAUAAUGUUGUGGUGCGAAUUCCCAGUGGUGCUACUAACAUAGAUGUGAGACAACACAGCUACUCUGGGAAAGCAGAUGAUGAUAACUACCUCGCCUUGUCCAGCAGUCGUGGAGAAUAUUUACUCAAUGGAGAUUUUGUGGUCAGUAUGUUUAAAAGGGAAGUCAGAGUGGGGAAUGCUGUUAUAGAGUACAGUGGCUCUGACCAUAUAAUUGAGAGAAUUAACUGCACUGACCGUAUAGAGGAGGAGAUUGUUGUCCAGGUGCUUUCUGUAGGUAACCUCUAUAACCCUGACGUCAGGUAUUCCUACAACUUUCCCAUAGAGGACAAACCUCAGCAGUAUUUUUGGGAUGCAUAUGGCACGUGGCAGGAGUGCAAUCUUCUAUGCCAAGGAGAGCGCAAGAGGAAAAUCAUGUGCAUUCGCGAGUCAGAUAGAGUGAUGGUGUCUGAUCAGCGAUGCCAUGGCUCUCCAAAACCAACUGUUAUUACAGAGGCAUGCAACACAGACUGUGAACUUAGAUGGCACAUUGCUCGCAAAAGCGAGUGCUCAGCCACAUGUGGACUGGGCUACCGGACGUUGGACAUUUACUGCACCAAACAGAGCAGACUGGAUGGGAAGACCCAGAAGGUUGACAGCCGUUAUUGCAGCAGCCUACGCAAGCCUGAUGACAAGGAGGUGUGCCAUGGAGACUGCAACCCUAGUGGAUGGGAGUACUCCCCCUGGUCAGAGUGCUCCAGGAGCUGUGGAGGGGGAAUGCGUCGUAGGACUGCAGUAUGUGAAAAGUCAUCAGAGGCUGUUGAUGAAAGCAAGUGUAACCCACAAGACAAGCUUGCAGUUCAGCCCUGUAAUGAGUUCCUGUGUCCUCAAUGGAAAACUGGAGAGUGGUCAGAUUGUUUGGUGACAUGUGGCAAGGGCUACAAGCACCGCCAGACUUGGUGUCAGUUUGGAGAAGAGCGUUUGGAUGAUCAAUUCUGUGACUCCUCCAAACCAGAGUCGGUACAGGCCUGCCAACAGCAAGAAUGUGCAUCCUGGCAGGUGGGACCCUGGGGACAGUGCACCACCACAUGCGGCCCAGGUUAUCAGAUGAGAGCUGUAAAGUGUGUGGUUGGCUCGUAUGGAUCCGUCAUGGAUGACAAUGAUUGUAAUGCAGCAACACGUCCAACAGACUCUCAGGACUGUGAACUCUCUCAGUGCCCUGUCACCCAUCCUGUUGCCCCAGAGACCAAGGUGAUGCCACAUCCUGGUCAUAAAACACAGUGGCGCUUUGGAUCAUGGACACAGUGCAGCGCCACCUGUGGAAAAGGCAUGCGGAUGCGCUACGUAAGUUGCCGCGACCAACAGGGUGGAGUUGCGGAGGAGUCAGCCUGCUCUCAUCUGCCAAAACCUCCUGCUAGGGAAGCAUGUUCCAUAGUGGCGUGUGGACAGUGGAAGGUUCUGGAAUGGACUGCGUGCUCUGUAUCCUGUGGUCAGGGCAAAACCACACGACAAGUAGUGUGUGUGAACUUCAAUGAUCAAGUUGUGGAAAUGAGUGAGUGUGACCCUGAUGAUCGACCGGCAACAGAGCAGGAGUGUGCCAUGCACCAGUGUCCGUCUCGCUCCAGUGAUCACGGGGGCUUUUCACCUAACCAUGAUUCACGGAAAAAAAUUGUUCCCACCGGGCGAACUGACCGUAACAGAGCUGGCAGACCCCAGUUGCAUCAGUGGAGGACUGGACCAUGGGGGGCAUGUUCAAGUACUUGUGCUGGAGGAUUCCAGAGGCGUGUGGUGGUGUGCCAGGAUGAAAACGGUUACCCUGCCAAUACUUGCGAUGAAAGCACACAACCCAUAGAGCAACGCUCCUGUGAAUCUGGCCCCUGUCCUCAGUGGUUCUAUGGCAGCUGGGGUGAGUGUUCAAAGUCCUGCGGAGGAGGGAUAAAGACCCGGCUUGUCGCUUGUCAGCGUCCCAACGGGGAGCGCUUUAACGAUCUGAGCUGUGAAAUUCUUGACAAACCACCCGACCGAGAGCAGUGCAAUACACAGUCCUGCUCUAUUAACCCUCACUGGAGCACAGACCAAUGGAGCUCGUGUUCUGCCUCCUGUGGGAGAGGAUUCAAAUACCGUACCGUGACGUGUGCCAGUCACUCGGGCCAGCAAAUCCCAGAAGAGAAUUGCCUGCACUUGCCCCUCCCACAAAAGCAAAGGCGUUGCAGAGGUGGGAGGUGCCCCAAGUGGAAGACAGGGAACUGGGGAGAGUGUUCGUCAUCGUGUGGAAGCGGACUGCAGCAUAGAGAGGUCCUUUGUGUAUUUGGCGAUGAGGACGGAGCACAGGAAUCUAAAUGUUCCCUGCUCCCCCGCCCACCUUCUACCCAAACUUGUCGAGUUACUGAUUGUGUCUCGCACUACAGGUGGAGCAAUGGGGACUGGCAAAAGUGCAGUAAAACAUGUGGUUCUGGCCACAAGGCUCGAGCAGUGGUGUGCAUGGAUCAAGUGGAAGAUGAGGUUCAUGAGAUGUACUGCAUGAACCAAAGUAAACCUGCUGAUAUGGAACCUUGUAACCUUCAACCCUGUGAGUUCAUCUGGGUUACAGGAGAGUGGUCUGAGUGCUCAGUCACCUGUGGACAAGGUUAUCAGAGGAGGCUGGUGUCCUGCAGUGAGGUGCAUGCUGGGAUUGAUAAUUAUGAGUAUGGUCUUAACUCUUCGUUAAACUGCCCUGGCACCCGUCCUGAGCCCAUCUUGCCCUGUUUACAGAUGCCUUGUCCUACUCUACAUACCUGGAGAGUGGGUAUAUGGGGACCUUGUUCUGCAAGCUGUGGAAGGGGCUGGACAGAGAGAAGAGUGCUGUGUGUAUCAGCAGAGGGUGCCAUUACUGACAAAUGUCCCUCCUCCUCUAGACCUGAGGAAAGGAAAGCCUGCACCAAUCCCUCAUGCCAUUUCCCAAGUAACUGCAGAGAUAUACAGCUCCAGAAUAGCUUUUUAUCUGAUGGGGAACAGAAUUUGAACAUACAUGGAAAAGUGUUAAAAAUCUACUGUUCAGAAAUGAACACAGACAGCCCUAAGGAGUAUAUCACAUUGAUUACAGGGGAAAGAGAGAACUUCUCUGAGGUCUUUGAAUACAGACUGAUGGAUCCCACACAGUGUCCAUCCAACCUAAGCAGAAGAGAAGAUUGCCAAUGUAAAAGAGACUACACAGCAGCUGGUCUCUCCAUUUUCACAAAAGUCAGAGUGGACCUUAGCAAAAUGACCAUUUUAACCACAGACUGGAAAUAUUCCUUCACCCAUGAAGGUCAGAAGGUUCCAUUUGCCACCGCAGGUGACUGCUACAGUGCUUCCCAUUGUCCACAAGGCCGGUUCAGGAUCAACCUCUCAGGAACAGGAUUUAAGGUGGCAGAGAACACAAGGUGGAUUUUUCAAGGGAACUACGCUGUAGCUGACAUACACAGGUCUCAGGAUGGCAGUAGGGUGAUGGGAACAUGUGGUGGUUAUUGUGGAAAAUGCACUCCCUCCUCAAGCACUGGACUUCUUGUUGAAGUUUCAUGAUGCAUGGAUACUUGUCAGGUUGUCUGCUGAUAGUUUAUCAGUCGAAUCUUCAUCAUUUUCUAAAUAAUCCUUCAGUGAAACUGCAACAGAAUGGCAGCAUGUCCUCCUACAAAUAUUUUGUUUUCAAUCAUGUCUGUGGUGCUAAAGGAAAUUAAGAACAUCCUCUUUUUAUAAAUAAUAUAAUGUUUCUGUAUUCAGAAUGUAUGAUUAUUUAUGAUCUAUACUCUACAUCUGUUUUUAAAUGGUCAUUUAUAACUUGUUAUCUUUCUGCUUCCUGCUCUUAUUUGAUUUUGUGAAAUGCUCCAUCAUAAGUGUUGGUGGUUGAUUUUGAUUGUGUGUUACAGCAUUAUAUAGAACUGAUGUGUAAUAAGAUAGGAUGUAAUCUUUAUAUACAGUAUAAUAUAUAUACACACACACACACUCACGACCACUUUAUUAGGAACAUCUGUACACGCAAUUAUCUUAUCAGCAAAUCGUGUGGCAGCAGAGCAAUGCAAAAAAUCAUGGAGAUACGGGUCAGGAGCUUCAGUUAAUCAUAAUGGGGAAAAAAUGUGAUCUCAGUGAUUUCGACUGUGGCAUGAUUGGUGAUGAAAGAGGUCAACAGAGUAUAGCAAGACUGGUUUGAGCCUUACAGAAAGGCUACGUUAACUCAGAUAACCACUCUGUACAAUUGUAGUGAGUAGAAUAGCAUCUCAGAAUGCACAACACAUUGAACCUUGAAGCAGACGGGCUACAACAGCAGAAGAC